AUGACUUCAAGCAUGGAUAGACAGCUCUGGGAGCUGGUAAACAACUUUUUCUUAAAGGCUGCGCUACUGGUUUGCCAGUCCAAAAAUUACAAAGGACAUUCCAGUUCGGGGGAUGUCACAAGCACAAACAAAUGGUUCAACAUCGAGACCCUUGGAAAUCGGAACUUGGAACAGGAAAUGGGGCCUUGGACGUCUUUUGACGGAGAAAGGUCAAUUCCACCGCUAGUAAUAGAGACUUAUCUAGAUUUGACGCACUUGAGCCCGUCGCAAUCCAUCGUUUUGAAAGACCAGGACGGAAAUCCUUGGAAUGUGUGCAAAGGUACAAAGAAAUCCGAAAUUAUGCUGGAGAGGUGGCUUAUACAGUUAGAGAGUGGAGACGAUCCCAGCCUACCGCAUAGAGGCGACAUAGACGCUGCCUUAGACUAUAAAGACCCGAAUUCAGACUCGGGGCUAGGACUCAGUUCAGAAUCGUUCACGGAUAUCCAGGAGAUAUACCGGCAACUGGUUUUGUUAUUUCGGUAUCUAUACACAUUAGUGGGUCUGCUUCCGGCAAGUGACUUGCAUGUCCGGCUGUCCAAGCCUGUCACGACUUCUGGGAUGUCUUCUCCUGUAUAUGUGGGAUGCCGAGUUCUUGACGGCUCCAAGCCCAUUGUGUCAAAGGGAAGAAUAGGACUUAGCAAACCGCUUAUUGCAACUUACUCCAACGUAAUCAACGAGACAAACUUACCGGCCCACUUGGAACAGCGAAAAAUAACUCCGAUCCGGACCAAAUACGGUUCUUUGAGGAUCUCCGUAUCUUAUAGACGAGACGCAGAUUUUCAUGUGAACGACAAUGAAGAGUACUACGCUAACCAAUUUGGAAAUUUUGCUUCGGACUCUCGCCCAACACGCUCAAAUAACCCCAUGGUUACGAAUUCUUCACUGAGGAGAGUCUCAAUGAAUAGCCAGCGGUCGAUGUCCGUUUCCCCUAAUACAAACAUUAGUCCAAAUCUUUUAGCGGAACAGUCGCCACACAAGAAAGCAGUUGCUCCAACACGUCAAUUUCAACCUUUCAAGGCCGGGUCCGUUGGAAGCGGCUCAAUACCGCAAGUUAUUCAAAGCAACCUGAGUAGAAAUCCUUCGGGUACGUCAGUUGUGGCGACUCUAAGAGCUCAAAGAUCCAGUAAUGGAUCCAUUACAACAACUACAAACCCAUUACACGAGUCGCAUUUAGAACCUUCAAGCAUAGGAAGCGGGAGUUUAUCCAAAUAUUCAUCGUCUUUUGGUCGUUUACGUCGACAGUCCAGUGUGAGAAGGUCGGACAGCGUAGAAAGGCCUCAAAAGCCCACUAAAAAUAACGAAUCGCCCUCUGGCGACCUCCUGGAGUUUAUGAAGUUUUUAGACGACAGAAAGGAAUUGAAGUCCAAGAAUAACGAUAAAGUGACCAAAGCAAACCUUUCAAGUUCUCUGCUUAAAUUUCAGGGCAUGAAGACCAAUAAUCACAAUUUGAGUACUGAUUUAUCAAUGUCGAUGUCUAUGGAGCGACCACAAAUUGGUCAGCAGAGACAUAGGUCGAAUUCACACUCUCCAAAUUCGUCCUUCUCACCGUCCAUUCAAUAUUCUUCUAUCCCCCUCAGACUUUCACAAAGCCGAUCAAACUCAUACCGAAACGAUAUUUUGGAUGAAUAUUCUAGCAGACGUGGUUCUACCGAUAGACCCAAGUCAGCCAUUUACAACCUCACUGAAAGUGUCAACGACGCACGCAAGUCUCCGAUGCUUGGUCGUGGCCUCGAAGAUGGAGAUGAAGAGGAUGAUCUGUUAAUAGGCAGGUCCGCUUACAACAAUCCAGCUUCUACCAACAGGAAUCGCUCUACGUCACCAGGAUCAAUGCGUAGUUAUUCAAGUUCAUACAGCAAGAAUCAACUGCCCUUCAAAUCAGUUGCCAAUUUUUCGGUUCCGACGACCAUGGCUACACCUGCUCAUGCCAAGUUGCACAAAGCUAAUGUGGCAACAUCCCCGGAAUCUCAUAGCACGGAGGUUGGACCAAAGAAAGAUGAGACAUCAAAUCAUGCGGAUGAAGAUGACGAGUUGCUAUUUUUUAUGAGUGACAUGAACCUUUCGAAGUGA